AAACAUUAUCAUAUCAAUCAUCAAUAUUGAUAUAAUACUCCCUAUAUAUUGAUCAUCAUAUCCAUCUUUAGAUCUAUCUAGCUAAUCAGAAGCUAAUAAGAAAGAAAUAAUAAUGUCGGGCGGGGUUGGGCCAUGCAGUGACAUAGGUCUCCCAAAGGAGGAGGAGGAGGAGGAGGAGGAGGAGGAGGAGUCGUUAGAGAGAGACCUGAUGAUGAUGAUGAGGAGUGGUAGUAGUAAUAGUACAUCAGGAGGAGGAGGAAAUGAUGAUGUGGUGGGGGUUUCCUCCGGCAAGUCGUCGUGCCGCGGCGGCCGGGGAGGACUGUUUACGUUCCGGCAGCUCAACGCCCUCGCUGUAAUGAUUGUCCUCUCCGCCAGCGGGAUGGUGAGUAUGGAAGAAUUCGCCUUCGUCUUGUUCUCCCUCAUCUAUAUGCAUUUCAUCUCCAAGGUCGCAUUCCCCCCUCUCUCGACGGCGGCCGACUUGCCACCGGAUCCCCUAUUUCACCAAACUAACCGGAUCCUUUCCUUCUUCCUCUUCGCCGGAGCCGUCCUGGGUUUGUUUCUUCCCAUUGCCUAUAUUUUCGAAGGUAUUUUGGAGGGAGAUAAAGAGGGGAUAAAGGUAACAGCCCCGCACGUAUUUCUCUUGGCAAGCCAGGUGUUCGUGGAGGGGGUUGCCUCCUCCACCAACCGGUUCUCGCUUCCGGUCCGAGUUUUCGUGCCGGUGUUUUACAACUCGAGGAGGAUUUUCAGCAUCGUCGAGUGGGUUAGGAGUGAGAUGAUUUCCAACAGUAACAGAGCGGUGGGGGUGGGGGAAGAGGACCGCGGUCGAAGAUUAUACAUUGGGAGAGCUCUUGCAUUAGCAAAUAUGGCAUUUUGGAGCUUCUACUUGUUCUGUUUUCUGCUCCCAGUUUACCUCCCAAAGGCCCUCAGAGUCUACUAUUCAAACCGCAAGAGUGCGUGAUCAGGAUGGAUCAGAUCGAGUUAAGCUAUAUGUUUGUGCUCUCAUGCAUGCUGUUUGGUUUUUUUUAAUUUCUUCCCAUUUACUGCUAUUCUGCAUUUAUAAACCUCACGAUAAACAUUAAUUAAAUUUAUUAAUCUCCUGCUUUGCACAGACUGAUUUGUACGUAGUUAGAGUAUCAUAGUGCGUGUGACUAAAUCAACACAAUGGGU